AUGCAGAGGCUGUUGACUCCAGCAAAGCGGGUCUUGCAAAUGCAAAGAGUCCUGCAGGAUGCUUCUUUCACCCCUGCUCAGCUUAUGCCUGCAGCCCACCAGAGGUUUUCUACCACCUCUGCUGCCCCGUUCGCCAGAACAGAUGCUUGGCCGAAGGAUGUGGGCAUCCUUGCCCUGGAAGUCUACUUCCCAGCCCAAUAUGUGGACCAAACGGACUUGGAGAAAUAUAACAAGGUGGAAGCAGGAAAGUACACAGUGGGCUUGGGCCAGACCCAGAUGGGAUUCUGCUCGGUCCAAGAAGAUAUCAACUCCUUGUGCCUUACGGUGGUGCAGAGGCUGAUGGAGCGCACAAAGGUCCCAUGGGACGCUGUGGGCCGCCUGGAGGUGGGCACUGAGACCAUCAUUGACAAGUCCAAAGCUGUCAAAACAGUGCUCAUGGAGCUCUUCCAGGACUCUGGGAACACCGACAUCGAGGGCAUUGACACCACCAAUGCCUGCUAUGGUGGCACUGCCUCACUCUUCAAUGCUGCCAACUGGAUGGAGUCCAGCUCCUGGGAUGGUCGCUACGCAAUGGUUGUCUGUGGAGACAUUGCAGUCUACGCAAGUGGCAGCGCUCGCCCCACGGGAGGGGCUGGAGCUGUGGCAAUGCUGGUGGGGCCCGAGGCCCCUCUGGCCCUGGAGCGAGGGCUCAGGGGAACCCACAUGGAAAACGUGUACGACUUUUACAAACCAGACCUGGCCUCAGAGUAUCCAAUGGUAGAUGGGAAGCUGUCCGUCCAGUGCUACUUCAGGGCCUUGGAUCAAUGCUAUACAUUUUACCGCCGAAAAAUCCAGAACCAGUGGAAACAAGCUGGCAUUGAACGGCCUUUCACCCUGGAGGAUUUCCAAUUUAUGAUCUUUCACACCCCCUACUGCAAGUUGGUCCAGAAAUCCCUGGCACGUCUGAUGUUCAAUGACUUCCUGUCGGCCAGCAGUGACAUACAAUCCAGCCACUAUAAAGGACUAGAAGCCUUCAGGGGCCUAAAGCUGGAAGAUACUUACACCAACAGGGACGUGGAUUCAGCGUUCCAAAAGGCCUCGCUGGACAUGUUCAACAAGAAAACCAAAGCCUCCCUGUACCUGUCCACGCGCAAUGGGAACAUGUACACGUCCUCCCUGUAUGGGUGUCUGGCCUCACUUCUCUCUCAGCACUCUGCUCAGGAGUUGGCUGGCUCCAGGAUCGGUGCCUUCUCCUAUGGCUCUGGCAUGGCAGCGAGCUUGUUUUCACUUCGUGUGUCCCAGGAUGCUUCUCCAGGCUCCCCACUUGAGAAGCUGGUGGCCAGUGUAGCAAACCUGCCGGACCGCCUAGCCUCCAGGAAGCGUGCAUCUGCUGAGGAGUUCACAGAAGUAAUGGACCAGAGAGAACAUUUCUACCGAAAAAUGAACUUCUCACCCCCUGGUGACACAAACAGCCUGUUCCCAGGCACUUGGUACCUAGAGCGAGUGGAUGAGAUGUACCGCCGGAAGUACGCUCGACGUCCCUUCUGA